AUGAGAGGAUCCUACAGUGGCGUGCAAAGUAGAAUAAAAGAAAAAAAUCCAUUAGCACUAUAUGUGCAUUGUUAUGCACAUAUACUCAAUCUAUGUUUAGUUGAUUUAGCUAAGUCUGUACCAAUGGUAAGAAAUACUUUUGGAACUUUAUCAACUCUUCAUAAUUUUAUAAAGGCAUCUUCAAAAAGAUAUGCUAUUUUCAAAAAAGUACAAGAAUCAAAUGCAGAAAAUAAAACAAUUCCAGAUCAUUCAAAUAUUGACGAUCAAAAAGUGCAAGAAGAUUUAAAAAACAUAAAAAAAAAACCAUUAAAAUCACUCAGUGAUACUCUUUGGAAUUGUAGGAUUGAAGCUAUAAAAUCUGUUCUUGAAAAUCUGGAGACUAUAUUUCAAACUCGUUUGGAAAUAGAAAGCAUAGAUACACAUUCUGGUUCUGAUGCAGCUUCACUUUCACGAUGUGUCAAGAACUUUGAGUUUAUAUUUUGUCUACAUGUUCUUAGGAAAAUUUUAGGUUUGACUAAUGUAUUAAAUGUAUAUUUACAGUCACCAAAAAAUAACUAUGCAACUGUUAAAGAUAUGGCUAUGCAUACAAUUGAGUCUUUAAAGGAUUAUAGGUGUGAUUCAAAAUUGAAUGAAUUAUGGAUACUUUCAAAAACUGUUUGUGAUCAAAAUAAAUUAGAUCCUCCUAAGAUGCCUAGAAUGUCCAAAGUUCCAAAUAGACACGGUGGAGAUUUAUUAACUAACGAUAUAUCAAUUCGUUUUUCUGAAAAUGAUCUUGAUAUCCUACAAGCAUUAUAUGAUGUACUAUGUGAAGAAAACCUAUCGAAUGACGUUAUUAAAAAAAAAAAUAAUUUGAAAGGUGGAUUUGAAAAUUAUAGCAUAUGUUUAACUAUAUUUUUGUCAAUACCUACAAACACAGCUUCAAAUGAAAGAAGUUUCUCUUCGUUGAAGAAACUAAAAACAUAUCUACGGCUUACUAUGGGCCAAACAAGACUAAGUAGUAGAGAAGUUGAUUUUGAUCAAGUAAUAAAUGAAUUUGACGAAGGUGCACCAAUUCGUGGUCGACGGCUUGUAUUGAAAUAA